CCAGCCGGUGCAGUUGGCGCGCAGCUCCGCAGGCGUCCCGCGCGCUGGGGGGUGAAAGAAAGAUCGGAGGGCACUGAGGAGUCCCGGACGGCUGAAGCACGGGUGCCUGCGUUUUCACCCAAGUGCGAGGCCCUUUGGGCGUUCUACCCUUGCCUCCAUCUUGCUCAUCCUGGGCUUUGGGGGGCAGUAGAGUUGCUUCUUCUAGCUCCUUUGCACUGGAGCGCGCUGCUGGGAGACCAUGCCAACACCCCGGAAGAGGCUGGCUGGAGGAGGCCCAGAGAAGCGAUCUGAGAAACGUUCCAGAACUGAGAACUCAGGUGAGGCCUCAGAUCAGGUGGACAGCACAAGCCCCGAGAAAGCCUCUACAAACCGUGAGAAGGCUCCAAGCAGCCAUUGGCUCAUGAAAUCAGAGCCAGAGAGCCGGCUGGAGAAAGGUGUGGACGUGAAGUUUGGUAUUGAGGAUCUCAAAGCACAACCCAAGCAGACAGCAUGCUGGGAUGGUGUUCGCAACUACCAGGCUCGGAACUUCCUUAGAGCCAUGAAACUGGAACAAGAAGCCUUCUUCUAUCACAGCAACUGCAAACAACCGGGCAUCGCAGGACUUAUGAAGAUUGUGAAGGAGGCUUACCCAGACCACACACAGUUUGAGAAAAGCAGUCCCCAUUAUGACCCAUCCAGCAAAGAGGACAACCCCAAAUGGUCCAUGGUGGAUGUACAGUUUGUUCGGAUGAUGAAGCGUUUCAUCCCCCUGGCAGAGCUCAAAACCUAUCACCAAGCUCACAAGGUCACUGGUGGCCCCUUAAAAAACAUGGCUCUCUUCACUCGCCAGAGACUGUCAGUUCAGCCCCUGACUCAAGAAGAGUUUAAUUUUAUUUUGAGCCUGGAGGAGAAGGAACCAAGUUAACUAAGACACGUUGCGGGCACAGGCAAGACUCCAGAGAAGUCAGGUAGAAGAUGUGAGACUGUUGCAUAAAUUCCCCUGUGGGCUGCUGUGUACCUAUGUGGGUUUGGUGACUUGUUUUCAAUAAAACACUCAAAUUGGAAA